AUGGAAUCCAUGAUGGAUGUGUUGAUGUGGACUUUGUUUUUUUGUAGCUUUAAAAAUUGCCUUGUACAGGUGAAUGCACAAAUAGACCUUUUAAACACGACCACAGAUUGGAACGAGUCCGUCUCUGCACUUCUCCCCAAUAACAGCACUGAAACGCUGCGGAACUCGACAGUUCCGGACGGUGAGGGGAUCGCUACCGAAGCGAGUGACGACGUUAACGCGACGCAGACUGAGUCGCGGGGACCAGGCGGGAGCACGGCGUGGGCCACCGAAAGAGUGAGUCCCACCACGGAUGCGACACCACCGACGGCGCGGCGCACGGCCGGCACGGCGGGACCCGCCACAUCUUCCCCCUCGCAGCCCCUGCCCCUCUCCGGCUCCCUGCCCCCCCCCGUCACCAACAUUUCCAGCGCGUGCCCCUGCGAUUUGGCGGAGGGCCAAUGCGACGUGAACUGCUGCUGCGACGCGAGCUGCGACGGAGAGGCGCCUCUGUUCACGGACUGCUCCGUCCAGCUGCUCAUCGGUGACGAGCGGCUGUGCAGCCGGGACGCGGUGCGCUACUCCCUGCGCGCGGGCGCGGACGGCGUGGCGCGCGUGCACGCCUCGGUGCAGCAGGAGGGCAACGCGGACGUGUUCUGCGUGCACAGGGUUAACUAUGAGGCCGGGAGGUUGUUUGGAGAUCCUGAGGUUCCGACCGAUGGGAACUUUGAGAGCCUCUUUGGACGGUUUGCAGGCUUUUUCUUCGGGUCUCCCCAGGACAGCGCCGGCCCGGACAGGAGCGGCGGCCAAACCGUAUCCGGAUACCUGUAUGGUGACACUAUUGAAGUGGUAGAUGAAUUGGGUACAAGAGGACUUUUCAGCCUUCCUGCCCCAGGCAGCACUGCGCACUGCUUGGAUGCCAACCCAGCCGCUUUUUUGAGGGACCAGCAUACCCAGUGCGUUCGGUCCGUUGAUCUUGCCCGGGAUUGUGCUGCGCUGCCAGCUUUAAGUCUGAAAAGCUACGCCGGCUUCCGCAUUCUCUCGGUGAAAAAUGAUGGCAACAAUAUGGCAAAUGUGGAAGUUUCGUCCAUCACCCUACAGUCACUGGACGGGACGCUGAGCCUGGUGGACACCCCCAGCGCCGGUCUUUACGGCCCAGUUCUGCUGGAGACACCCGGCACCGUCGGCCGUCUCACGUGUAAAAACGUGGUCCUCCAGGUUCAUUACGUGGUGACGUAUAGCGAAACGGGGACCAUCAUGAAUUGUACGGCUUCUUUUGUACUGGGAGCUGUGGACAGCACCAUGGUACCGCUUGAGCAGGACUUCCGCAUCAACUUUGUUCAGGUCGAUUCGUUUGGCACGUUUUCCAGCGGAAAUCCCGGCUACGUUAGCGGACUCCCUCUAGUAGCAGGAUCAAUUACUGCAGAUGGAAUUGUCAAGAGUGUAAACAGAAAGGGGUCUUUAACACUCCUUCACAGCUCCAGGACGCAGGACUGCCUGGGUAAACCCGUACCCCGUUCACCUAUACUGUUUGGGAUCAACAUGGUUUCUGGCUGCACCUUGAGGCUGGAGGACACCAUCAACUGUGCCGUAGUGUCCGAGGCGCUUCUGACCAUUCUGAGGGGACAGGAUUAUCCCCAGUAUGUGGCGCGCUUUGGGAACUCCCAGCCCCAAGUGGUCAUGGACUGGGUACCGGUGCAGAGGCAAACGAUACCCCCCGUCAUGCAGGGUUGCGGGAUUCCGCUGUCGCUCGAUAUCGAAGUGCAGUGGACCAAGUAUGGGUCCCUGAUGAACCCUCAGGCUCAGAUCGUGAACGUCACCGAGGUGAUCCGCACCAACGCAAGUACCCUGUCUCUCUCGGGUGGCAGUGCCGUCCUGCCCGUCUCCACAUCCGUCACCUUCCUCGACAUCUCUGCUCCAGCCCAGCCGGGCUACAAGGCUCCGCCCACCAUUGACGCCAAGCUGCCCUUCGACUUCUUCUUCCCCUUUGUGUAAAGGGGUAGCGAAGGGUGCUGUCGGCCUGGAGAGGAGGGAUUCGAUCACAGUGGACGGGGCCCCCCGAACGUGUGUGUGAAGAAUGGCACGGAGACGUGCCGACUGUCAGCUGUCGACAGCCCCGGGACGCAAAGCGCGGCCAACGGGGACUCUUCCACCUGUUGAUCCAUCAUGCUUUUCAUAUCUGUGGCACAUUUAGCAGCUGUGCUCCACUGCUUGGAUGCAGUUUAGGUACACAGGGAGGGUGCACUUUACAGCUUCUGCUCCUCCUCGACACCAGCUGUUCUAAAUGGCCCGUUCCGACCAACGUGAGGAAGAGGACGAACGGUGAUCCUGCCUCUUCCACGUUGAAGACGAAGCAGCUGUUCACAGCCCUAAGUUUACCAGUCUUGGCACAAAAUGUGGCACGUACCUCGCCAUCUUCUAGAACGUACCUGAGGAUUAUGGACACGUACUCCAGAUUUACUUCGCUUUUGAGCCGUACAUGGAUUUUUAAUUCCAGGAAAGAGCAAUUGUAAUUGCGUUGUCUGUAUGAUGACUAAACUGUUGAGCACCUCUGGUACAAAUUUAAGACACUGAAUACAUCCCGGAUGACCAGCAUCUCCAUUUAAUUGACUCCUUGUAUUGUACAGCCCACAGACUAUAAAAGAUACAGGGUAAAAAAAAAAAGAUUUUUACAUGUAACAAUGAAAGUCCAGUUCACCUGAGAGAACAGUGUGUAUACAAACACCCCUUUAAAAAUAUAAUGUAUUAUAGGCAAAGGACCCCCCCCCCC